AUGAAAGACUCCCAGGCACGGUUGGCGAUGGUGGACUCCCUCUGGAGCCAUACACAGAGAGGGUUGAUCCACAUUGGAGACCUAGGAGAAAUGGUCAGCAUGUUGAUUCUCCUCUAUUCUUUCGACAAGGUACAUGGCAACGGCCGACCACGCCCCAUAACCGUGGUGGACCUGUUCCAAGCACUACUUCCCAAGAAGGUACACAAAAAGCUGGCAAGACGGUGCCAGAAGGACUCCAAGUUCCGUCAAGUGUGGAGCGGCUCCGCUUUCUUCUCGCACUUUUUGGGAACGGAGAAGAACGACCGGAAGGUGAUGACUGGUACGAGGAGAGCAUAUGCUCGCAACGCCGCUAUCGUAGCACCAAAAUUUUUCAAGGCUGUGACCUGA